CGGCCGUUCCGCGUGACCGCGAGCAUUCCGCAGUCCCCGCAAAGCACCCUUCUCAGUCGUCAUGUGGCCUCUCAUUCGUGGCUGGCCAACUUUGACGGCCAACACCAUGCAAUCGCCCCGAGCGUAGCCGCGCCCAGCCUAUUCUUGCCAGUCCCACGCAAAGCGUCACUCUCGUGCAGACUGACUGGUCACAGCAAAUGUGCCGCGCUGAACCGAGCGUCUGCCAGACUGGUAUUGUAUGAUUGACUGGCUCUGGUGAGCAAGCGUCAUGCUCUGCUUUAAGAGAGUGUCUUGUCUUUGAUUGAUCACUCACGUGUGUCCAUGGUUCGGUAACAACACCAAGAUGCUCAACGCCGUGACAUUGACCGCCGGCCUCCUUGGCCUGGGCGUCUUCUACGUCCUGACCCUCGCUGUCUACCGGCUCUACUUCCACCCCCUCGCCAAGUAUCCCGGCCCUCGCGUCGCCGCCCUCACCAACGCCUACCAGCUGUACCACGCAUACCGCGGCGACCGCCAUCUCGAGUUCUGGCGCCUGCACCAAAAGUACGGCCCCGUCGUGCGCUUCGGCCCCAACCACAUCAGCUUCAACUCGCGCGCCGCCCUCAAGGACAUUUACGGCUUCAAGAGCAACGUCCGCAAGAGCGAGUUCUACAAUGCCUUUGCCCACCCCGUCGCCAACACGCACAACACUCGGGACAAGCAGGUCCACGCCCGCAAGAGGCGCGUCCUCAGCCAGGCCUUCUCGGACAGCGCCAUGCGGGGCAUUGAGCGCUACAUCCUGCAGAACGUGCGCGCCUUCACCGAGCAGAUCGGCGUGGGCGCCUCGGACGAGCGCAAGGGGUGGACGACGCCCAAGCUCAUGAGCGACUGGUGUAACUACCUCGCCAUGGACAUUCUCGGUGACCUCUCGUACGGCAAGGCCUUCCACAUGCUCGAGAAGCCUGACAACCGCUUUGCCCUCGGCCUCGUCGAGGCCGCCACCACCCGCCACCUCAUCUGCGGCACCAUGCCCGUCGUCGACAAGCUCAAGGUCGACAAGUUGCUCUUCCCCAAGCUCGCCGCCGGCCGCGCCCGCUACAUGGCCUACAGCAAGGGCCAGCUCACCGAGCGCACCAAGCUGGGCGAGGACACGGACCGCCGCGACUUCUUCUACUACCUCCUCAAGGCGCGCGACCCGGAAACCGGCCAGGGCUUCAGUAUCCCCGAGCUGUGGGCCGAGUCCAACCUGCUCAUCAUCGCCGGCUCCGACACCACCUCGACCGCCAUGGCCGCCACCCUCUUCUACCUCGUCCGCAGCGAGCACGCCCUGCGCAAGGUCACCGACGAGGUCCGUCGCGCCUUUUCCGACGUCGAGGAGAUUGUCCAGGGCCCCGCCCUCGCCUCCUGCACCUACCUCCGCGCCUGCAUCGACGAGGCCAUGCGCCUCUCCCCCUCGGUCGGCGGCAUCCUCCCCCGCGAGGUCCUCCCCGGCGGCGCCCGGGUCGACGGUCACGAUAUACCCGCCGGCACCGUCGUCGGUGUCCCCCACUACACCAUCCACCACAACGAGGAGUACUACCCGGACCCCUUCAGCUACAACCCGGAGCGCUGGCAGCCGGGCGCCAAGUCGAUCCAGAACGGCGCCCUCGUCACCGAAGACGCCGUCGCCGUCGCCCAGAGCGCCUUCUGCCCCUUUAGUGUCGGACCACGCGGCUGCAUCGGCAAGGGUCUUGCUUAUGUCGAGAUGAGCACCACCCUGGCCAGGACCAUCUACCUGUAUGAUAUGCGUCGCGCGGUGGGCGCGCGGGAUCCGGGUGAGGGCCAGGUGGGUGCUGAGUUUGGCAGACACAGGCCAAGCGAAUUCCAGCUCGUGGAUACGUUUACGAGUGCCAAGCAGGGGCCUCUGAUUGAGUUUAGAAAGGCGCAGCAGGACUAAAAAAAGGUGAAAGAGUAGGGAAGCGCGUGGCGAGCCAGUUAUGGCUGCGCGAUUAUGAAUGAUGAAGCACAUGCAUGCAUGGUGUCUUGUUCUGAUCUUGUGUAUCUUGGGCAACGGCCACCCAGGGAGGGUGUUUCAAUCUCGGCAUUCGCCAGUCUAGCAAGUAAUUAGCUGAAUAUCUCAUGAUGAUGGGUCAGUUCACGUGCCAAUCAGUCUGAGGUUCUCUUCGUCAUGUCCUGGGCCCUUGAUUC